GAGGUCUUUGCCGACGUUCCAGAUCUCCUCCGAUUUAGAAAUUUCAUUUCUGAAGUUGUUGACAUGAAAACAUUGCAAUACAGGAGGUUUCAUGGUUUCUUUUUCGUGUGCCAAGUGGCUGCAAUGCUUGGGCGCUUUGUGUCAGAUACUUGCACUUACUUCCAGCAAUACGGAGGACUCCUCAAUGCCCUGCAUUUCUCAGCAGAGCCAAGAAAUACUGUGGAGCGUUUGUGGGACAUUUUGCUUUGGGCAAUCCAGUGGGAGGUUUGGCAUCUAUUGCACAUCACACCCAGAACCAAUCCUAAUGAAGGCCGUGAUAAUCCUAUUCCUCCUCGGCCAGUUUUAGCCACUCACACCACAAUUAUGAUUUUACAAGAACACUUGAACCAGGCUUGGAGAUGGAUUGAAGAGCUUGAACGUCUUGUGGUCUCGCACAGUCACGGGCUCGAGUUCUUUAAUGUUCAUAUGGAGAAUAUGAGGAUCUCUUAUCUUGGUGCUGCUUAUGGCCAUGUUCCUAAUGUGCCUACUGCAAUCCCUCUGUUUGGUCCUCCAUUGUGCCCUGAAAAUUCUCACUCAGACCUCGAGCCUCCCUCAGCUGAUUAUGGUGAUGAAGCAGCUUCGGACUUCUUCAUUGCUGAUGUUUGAUCAAAUAUCAAUGUUCAGGGAGAGUAAUAUUUAGGUGUUGUAGUAUCCUGCAUGUGAC